AUGGCUAUUCUUCUAUAUUCGAGGGCGAUCGAGCUGGAUCCCACAAACGAAACCAUAUUUGUCAACUGCAGUAAGGCAAAAUUGAAACAAGCGCUGUGGGAGGAAGCACUCGUUGAUGCGAAAAAGGUCAUCGAACUCGACCCAUCGUAUUAUAUCGGAUACCAGUUGAAGCACGAAGCGUUUCAUGGCGCACAGCGCUAUGACGAAGCAAUCGAGACCUUCCAAAUCAUGCUCUCCAAGUUGGAUAAUGCUCCCGAGACGCAAAUACGAAAGCUGCGCCAGCAGUAUCUCAGCCCACCUGAAGCGGACGGUGCUAUACGAAAGAGCAUUCACAUUCAAAUGGAAAACGCCCCACUUCGUCUACUCAACACCUCCACUGGGUACUUGUGCGAUCGAGAUGCACAAAUUGCUUCUUUCAAAUCAAGUACAAGGUACAAGGAGCUUUUGUUAUUGACAAUGAAACAUAAAGACCUUCGCAUGGAACGCAUCAAAAAAUCGGUUACGAUGUACUUCCGCUGUGUCAUGCUAUCUCAUAGAUGGGAAGAGAAGGAGCCCCUGCUGUACGACAUCCAGGAGAAGGUCGUGUAUAAAUUGAAUCCAGUUGGAGGCAUCGUGAAGUUGCAGUCAUUCUGCAAAGUUGCUCGCAAGGCGGGUUAUCGCUGGGCAUGGGUUGACACAUGUUGCAUCGACCAAAAUAACAACGUCGAACUCCAAAAAUCACUCAAUUCCAUGUUUUCCUGGUAUCGCCAAUCAUCACUCACCAUCAUCUACCUGUCGGAUGUUCCGCCUUUGUCAAAGUCUGGCGCACUGGCGAAGAGCGCUUGGAACACGCGGGGAUGGACCGUUCCGGAAUUCCUUGCACCCAAAGUUCUUCUUUUCUACCAAUCAGAUUGGACCAUAUAUCUCGACGACCCCUCUUCUAAUCACAAGGAGUCUGUUGCAAUCAUGCAGGAGUUGGGGGAUGCGACGGGCAUAGACUCACAGGCCCUCGUCGCCUUCCGCCCGGGGAUGAGAGGAGCACGAGAGAAACUUCGAUGGGCGUCGACACGAACCACCACGUUACAGGAAGACAUCGCCUACUCGUUAUUUGGCAUAUUCGGCGUCCACCUACCUGUAAUCUAUGGUGAGAUGAAGGAAAACGCACUCGGGCGACUCUUGCAGGAGAUCGUGGGUCGAUCGGGCGACAUUACUGCCCUCGAUUGGGUUGGAAUAUCAUCCGACUUCAAUAGUUGUCUGCCAGCCAAUAUCACAUCGUACGAAGCUCCGCCAUGCGUGCUACCAUCUCUCUCUGAAGAUGACAUCCAGGCAUCAGUCUCCUCUUUACGAAGUGCUGGGGUUGUAGAGUUGGCUUUGAGAAUAUACAACACACUCGACAACCUGAGCGCUCCUCGUUUCUCCCACCGCCGGCUGCAUCUGCCAUGUAUCGCAUUUCCUAUCGUAGAAGUCAGACGGAGACAAGGUCAAGACCAGGAGACACCCGUAUAUGAAGUCAAGACAGACGGACUUGCUGACUUGCUGAUUACCACGGAAGACAGGCUGAUUCCGUUCUCGUCGACAAGACCCCUGGCCCCUUGGCAGACAUUCUUGCUUGUCCGUCCAUGGAAUCGUGGCCUACUCGAGCUGCCCAAUCCUCCAGAUGAUAUGCAGAACAUGAAAAUUUUGGCUGCUCCUAGCUCUCCAUCACUCGAUUCGCUCGCCUUUUCUUUUGGAGAAAAUGAGCCGGUUGAUAUCGAUUCUCAUUCUCGAGCAUUGCGAUUGAUUGUUCGCCUUGGACAGCCAUUCAGCGCAUUUUUGUUAGCGCGGCAACACAGCGGAGAAUACAAGAGAAUCGCCUCGAAUCGGGAUAUUGUUGCGCAAGUUAAAGACAUGACUUCUGUUCACGACAUCAUUGACAUCAGGACACUAGAGAUAUCGUAG